AGGAUGACUGAGCACUUUUUUCCCUGGGUGGUUUUGGAAACCUCAAAGGGGAGGUUGGCUCUGAGACGUUCCGACACUCAGGUGACUAUUCAUCACUGACAUCCAGAGCUUGAGGGACUCGACACUAACAGACAACACUGGCAGCCUGGCUCUGCUCACACGCCCCAGAAACUGGACAGAGUGGGAGCCCUGGAGAGACACAAAAGAGGGUGAGAGAGGGGAGAAAAGUCUUACGCAGCGAAACAAAGUGGGAGAAAGAGAGAGAGAGAGAGGCUUUGAGGGAAAACUAAUGAGUGGGUCUUUGGAGCAGGGGUUACAGUGUGUCUCUGUGUGCACGUGGGUGUGUGUGUGUGUGUGUGUGAGUCCCAGCGAGACUGGGAGAGGGUAGGAUAGGCUGUUCCCUAGAGGUUUGGUCUAACUCACAGUGCUACAACUCUUUUGACUGGAGGACCAGGAACAACCUACUCUUUCAGAGGGACUUACCGCUAGCCACAGCAACAGGUCACUGCAGACGGAAGAGAAAAGAUACACACACACUACUAUUGUUUUGGGACCCAGUGUCAGAAGGAGAUAGAGUGUGAGUGUGUGUGUGUGUGUGAGGGAGAGAGCAAGGAUGACCAAGAGAUCAGUCAGUGGUGAGGGCACAGUCAUAAAAAAUUCGACUCAGAAUGGGGUACACCCUGGGUAUACCGCGGCCCCAAAAGAGGACCCAGACGCUCCGGCUGGAAAGGUAGAGCUCAAGAAGAAGGUCACCCUGCUCCGAGGAAUCUCCAUCAUCAUCGGCACCAUCAUCGGAGCGGGAAUCUUUAUCUCCCCAAAGGGCAUCCUAAAGCAUUCCGGGAGUGUCGGGAUGUCCCUGGUAGUGUGGAUUGCCUGUGGAGUGCUGUCACUGUUCGGGGCACUGUCCUAUGCAGAGCUGGGAACCAGUAUCAAGAAGUCUGGAGGACAUUAUACUUACAUCAAGGAGGCUUUUGGGCCACAAAUGGCCUUCAUUCGCCUCUGGGCGGACCUUAUCGCUAUCAGGCCUGCAGGGUUGGCUGUGAUAUCCCUGGCCUUCGGACAGUACAUACUGGAACCCUUAUUCAUGCCCUGUGGAGUGCCUGAGCUGGCUAUUAAACUGACCACCUCUGUAGGGAUAACAUCAGUGAUGUACCUGAACAGCAUGAGCACCAGCUGGACCAACAGGAUACAGAUCUUCCUCACAUUUAGCAAGCUGCUGGCUAUCCUCAUCAUCAUCGUGCCUGGUCUUUAUAUGCUCUUCAAAGGGGAGACUAAGAACUUUGAUAAUGCAUUUGAGAUCAGUAAUGUCCAGCUCUCAGGUCUACCUCUGGCUUUCUACUCUGGGAUGUACGCAUAUGCUGGAUGGUUUUACCUGAACUUUGUGACAGAGGAAGUUGAUAAUCCAGAAAGGACUGUCCCAUUGGCCAUCUGCAUCUCCAUGGCGAUAGUAACAUCCUGCUAUGUUCUAACCAAUGUGGCGUACUACACUGUGAUGUCAGCAGAGGAGCUGUUGGCUUCUGAGGCCGUUGCCGUGACAUUUGCAGAGAAAACGAUGGGGAACUUUUCAUUGGCGGUGCCGAUAUUUGUAGCCUUGUCGUGCUUCGGUUCGAUGAACGGCGGCUUAUUUGCUUUCUCAAGAAUGUUCUACGUGGCGUCUCGUGAGGGCCAUCUCCCGGAGGUAUUGUCCAUGAUCCACGUUCGGAGGCACACACCUUUGGCAGCUGUCCUUGUUCUGUACCCCAUGACAAUGUUUCAGCUCUUUGUGGGCGACAUCUACAGCCUGUUGAACUUCAUGAGCUUCCUCCGCUGGCUCUUCAUUGGUGUGGCCACGCUGGGCCUGAUCUACAUGAGAUACACUCGCCCCGACAUGCCACGGCCCUUCAAGGUUCCAUUGAUCAUUCCGGCCGUCUUCUCAUUCACCUGCUUCUUCAUGGUGUUCCUCUCGCUGUACUCCGACCCUCUCAACACGGGGAUUGGAUUCGCCAUCUCCCUGACAGGAAUCCCGGCCUACUACAUCUUCAUCGUGUUUGACCGCAGGCCCAAGUGGCUACAGGAGGGUUUAGAUUCCUUCAACAGAGCUAUCCAGAUCAUCCUGGAGGUGAUCCCUGCAGAACACUGACACUUGACAACAGAUCCCCACUACAGAUCCGCAUGACAGAUCCCCACGCCAGAUCCCCACGCCAGAUCCCCACACCAGAACCCCACGUCAAAUCCCACGCCAGAUCCCCACCCCACCCAAGGACUUCACACCGAGUGGAUCCUCGAUUGUGCCAUUUCAUAUGAUAAAGGAGCAGGACUCUCCUAUCCUGCUAACCUGCUCUAUACAGGAUCAGCCCUGUCCUGGAUCAGCCCUGUUCUGGAACAGCCAUGUUCUGGAUCAACUUGAUUCUGGAUCCGCCUGGUUCUGCUCUCACCAUCUAAAUGGGGUUAGGGCUGUGUUUCUCUCUGUUUGGGAUUAACAGGUAAUCUGUAUGUGGAACCCCUGCCCUUCCAGUUUGCAGUGGGGGCCCUGUCUCGCAGAGGGACCCAUCAGAGCCAAGGGACCCCUGAAAGCCUGCAGUGCCAAGGGACCCCUGAAAGCCUGCAGUGUAUCUAUCUACAAUAACACUGAGCCGGAGUUGUGUUUACAGCCAGCAUUAUCUACAAUCACACCUAGCCUUUGGUCAUUUUGAAAGGAUUCAUUGGUGUCAGAGGUAUUAAAAGUAAAUUAACUUCCCCAGUGUUCACCAGGCGUGGGAAAACCCAAACUAAGGCCUAAAUAAACUGCCUUUAGCUGGUCACUUAACUCUUCAUUAGGAACUUCCCUCACCUGUUGAACACAGCCAAGUGGUUUAACGUAGUACUGUUUGGCAUUAGUCACUGUCACAGCUAACAUCAGCCGUUAGAUAUUACCACUCAGUCAGCCCUGGAUACUCAUUCAGAGUGAACGUGGGCCUUAUAGGCGAAGCUAACAGUAGACAUUUCUAUAUUUUGGGGAAAUGAAAUCAGAUCAGUGACUGUUUAUAUAGAAUGUGAAAAAACAUGCACCCCAUUAAUAUAGGUGACCCUCAGUAUAGGGGGGACUUCUACUGAAUCUCCAGAUUAAUGUGAAACAUACAGAGAUUAAAAUCAACCUUGAUGUGU